AUAAUAAAUCCUCAAGAAGAAUACACUGGGCUUUUAUUUGCAAACCAGCAGCAGGAAGGAAGUUUAAUCGCAAAGUUACGAACAGGUGAUACUUGGAGUAUAAGUGUCCGUCUCCAUAUAGUGUCCAACCCCAGUCAGAGACAGACAGGAAAGGUUAACACCACCUUCUUUACAGACUGAAAAGUCUUUUUUUGUGCUGGUCCACUUUAGCUCACUAACAGGGUCCCUUACUACUGCGCACAUGCUGCAUUAUGCAAAUUACACUCAUUAGUAUAUAGAUGUCGGGCUAUAAAAAAGCAAAUGAAAUAAACGCGCCCUUAUGAGCGCUCUGGUGUUUCGUGACGUAACAGCGCCCCUCGUGGUGCCCCUGCGUAUCCGCUCUCCGCCGCUGGGGGGCGCUCUCUCUCCAGUUCCUCCCGGGGGUCUGAGGGCAGGAUGGCGGACUUAACGGAGUCUGCUCCGGCCCGGUUCCCGGACGAGUCAUCGGACAGUGAACCGGAGCAGGAGCUCGGAACACCACAGAAACUCAUCCGAAAAGUGUCCACUUCCGGUCAGAUCCGCAGCAAGACGGUGCUGAGAGAAGGAAAUCUGAUGAAGCAGACUAACUCCUUCCAGCGCUGGAAAAGAAGAUACUUCAAACUGAGAGGGAGGACGCUGUACUACGCCCAGACCUCAAAGUCGAUCAUCUUUGACGAGGUGGACUUGACGGAUGCCAGCGUGGCCGAGUCAAGCACCAAGAACGUCAACAACAGCUUCACCGUCAUCACCCCCUGCCGACGCCUCAUCCUGUGUGCAGACAACAGGAAGGAGAUGGAGGAGUGGAUGGCGGCUCUGCGUAGCGUCCAGAGCAGACAGAACUAUGAGUCCACCCAGUACAGCAUGGACCACUUCAGCGGGACACACAACUGGUACGCCUGCUCUCACGCCCGCCCAACGUACUGCAACGUGUGCAGAGAGGCGUUGUCGGGGGUGACGUCCCACGGGCUGUCCUGUGAAGUGUGUAAGUUUAAGGCUCAUAAGCGGUGUGCAGUCAGAGCCACUAACAACUGUAAAUGGACCACUCUGGCCUCUAUUGGAAAGGACAUCAUCGAGGACGAGGACGGGGUGUCCAUGCCCCAUCAGUGGUUGGAGGGGAACCUGCCGGUCUCCGCCAAGUGUAACGUGUGUGAUAAGACCUGUGGCAGUGUCCUCCGUCUACAGGACUGGAGGUGUCUCUGGUGUAAAGCCAUGGUGCACUCAGGCUGUAAGGAGCAGUUGUCCUCUAAGUGUCCUCUGGGUCAGUGUAAAGUCUCUGUCAUCCCCCCGACCGCACUCAACAGCAUCGACUCUGACGGUUUCUGGAAAGCCUCGUGUCCCCCGUCCUGCACCAGUCCUCUGCUGGUGUUUGUCAACUCUAAGAGCGGAGACAACCAGGGCGUGAAAUUCCUGAGGCGCUUCAAGCAGCUGCUGAACCCGGCACAGGUGUUUGACCUGAUGAACGGGGGGCCUCACCUGGGUCUGCGUUUGUUCCAGAAGUUUGACACCUUCAGGAUUCUGGUGUGUGGAGGAGACGGGAGCGUUGGAUGGGUUCUGUCCGAGAUCGACGCCCUCACGCUGCACAAACAGUGUCAGCUGGGAGUUCUUCCUCUGGGGACCGGGAAUGAUCUGGCCCGGGUUCUCGGUUGGGGUUCAGCCUGCGACGACGACACGCAGCUACCUCAGAUACUGGAGAAACUGGAAAGAGCCAGUACAAAGAUGCUAGACAGGUGGCGUAUUAUGGUCUAUGAGACCAAAUUCCCUCGGCAACAUUCUGGCUCUACUGUUACAGAAGACUGUAGCGACGACUCAGAGGUCCAGCAGAUUCUUACCUACGAGGACUCAGUAGCUGCUCACCUGUCCAAGAUACUGACCUCAGACCAGCAUUCUGUCGUCAUCUCCUCUGCCAGGGUCCUGUGUGAGACGGUGAAAGACUUGGUGGCCCGGGUCGGUAAAGCUUAUGAAAAGAACACAGAGAGUUCAGAAGAGUCUGAGCUGAUGGCCAAGAAGUGUGGCGUGUUGAAGGAGAAACUUGACUCCCUUCUGAAGACUCUGAACGAGGAGUCUCAGGCCUGCAGGCUGCCUCCCCCGGCUUCCCCCCCCACGAUUGCUGAGGAGCAGGAGGAUGCUGAGAGCGUUGAGCGGCCUCCUUCUCUUCAUCAAAACCAUCACCGUGCUCCUCCUCAGGCCCCGCCCUGUUCCCCACGGGGCAAUGCCUCCUCCUCGACGGCGGCCAUCUUUAAACCUCGAGAGCAGCUGAUGCUCAGGGCAAACAGUCUGAAAAAAGCCAUCAGGCAGAUCAUCGAGCAUACGGAGCGAGCCGUGGACGAGCAGAACCUUCAGACCGAGCAGCAGCUGUUCACCAGACAGCCGGAGGAGGACGAGGAUUUAGAGAAAGAGGAGGAGGAAGAGGACGGGGCGUCUCUGCAAUCGUCUUCUAGCAGCAAGCGGCACAGCGCACGCAAAGUAGGUAGGAGGCCCUGUGAGAUCCGCAAAGGCAGCUUUGUCCAGACAGGAAGUGGUGAGAUGAUGCCCACCUUCAACACCAAGAUCCUCUAUUCAGGUCUCAGAGGAAUCUCAGUUUCUCUCUCCAGCAGUUCUGUGAUUAGUCAACUUUUGGUCAACGCAGACCCGCUCGGCUGUGACCUCGACAACGUAGACUGCUACACUGAGAAGUGUGUCAUGAAUAACUACUUUGGAAUCGGUCUGGAUGCUAAAAUUUCUCUGGACUUCAACAACAAGAGAGACGAGCAUCCAGAGAAGUGCAGGAGUCGGACUAAGAACAUGAUGUGGUACGGAGUCCUGGGAACCAAAGAGCUGCUGCACAGAACCUACAAGAACCUGGAGCAGAAGGUUCUGCUGGAGUGUGACGGGCGGCUCAUCCCUCUGCCCAGUCUGCAAGGCAUCGCUGUGCUCAACAUCCCCAGCUAUGCAGGAGGAACCAACUUCUGGGGAGGAACCAAAGAGGACGACAUGUUCACAGCUCCAUCCUUUGAUGAUAAGAUCCUUGAGGUGGUGGCCGUGUUUGGCAGCAUGCAGAUGGCUGUGUCCCGGGUCAUCAACCUGCAGCAUCACCGCAUCGCACAGUGUCGUACGGUGAAGAUCAAAAUCCUGGGCGAUGAGGGCGUCCCGGUGCAGGUGGACGGUGAGGCCUGGGUUCAGCCUCCAGGGUAUAUCAAGAUCCUCCACAAGAACCGGACCCAGACCCUCACCAGAGACCGGGCAUUUGAGAGCACUCUGAAAUCCUGGGAGGACAAACAGAAGUGUGAGUUUCUCCGGACGCCCUCUCAGCCCCCCCCCUCUUCUCAGCCCCCCCCCUCCUCUCAUCCAGAGAUUGUGUCCGAGGACGAGGCGUCGCUCAUCAGCGUGUUCGGUCAGGCAGCAGGAGCCCUGAUACACAGCAUCCGGGAGGUGGCUGAAUGCCACCACACUCUAGAACAGGAACUGGCUCACGCUGUCAACGCCAGCUCCAAGGCCAUGGACGUGGUCUACGCCAACUCCAACAGCUCUCAGGCUCUGUGCUGCAGCGUGGUCCUUCAGAUGGUCAGUAACGUUAAAGCUUUACUCAGUGAGACCGAACUGCUGCUGGCUGGAAAGAUGUCCAUGCAGCUGGAUCCUCCUCAGCAGGAGCAGUUGAAGGCAGCUCUGAGCUCGGUGGCUCAGCAGCUCCGGCGGCUGGCUGAUGUUUCCUGGUUGUCUCCCGUCAUCGAACCUUUGGACCACGAGGGUCCUCUGACAGAUUUCUCCAAACGCAGCCGGAGCACAAAGUUUCGUCUCGUCCCCAAGUUCAAAAAAGACAAAAUCAAUAAGAACAAAGAGACGUGCACAACGUUGUCUCUGCCAGUCCACCAGUGGGGGACGGAGGAGGUGGGGGCGUGGCUGGGCUUUCUCUCUCUCAACGAGUAUCAGGACAUCUUCAUGGGGCACGAUGUCCGUGGGGCCGAGCUGAUCCACCUGGAGAGGAGGGACCUGAAGGACCUUGGGGUGACAAAGGUCGGUCAUAUAAAGAGAAUUCUUCACGGCAUCAGAGAGCUCAACAGGAACAGCAGCGCCAGCGAGGCCUAAAGGGAGAAUCCUCAGAAACAGCUGUCUGCUCCCCUCCUUCCUCUACUGCCGUCACUCACCUCAAUCACCUGACGUAGCUUGACCUCUGACCUCCAGCCAGCAGGUCUGAACACAACCUUUGACAUCGCAUCUUGAGCUUACUGGACCAGGGUUCAGCCUAUCAACUCCCAGAACCAAUAGUGCCUUGUCAUCUUACCUACCAUCAUGGAUCACCUACGUACAGAAUCCAGACUCUACCUAAUCUGUAGACCGGACCACUAGCUGCAGGUUCUGGGUUCUACCCGGUUCUCCUACCUACAGGAUCCUCAGGUUCUUGAUGUUUGGACUUUGUUGCAUUCAGAGACCCAGCUCCAGUUAAGAGGACUCAGGACCUCUGAAACAACGCAUGUGAUCCACCUGUUUCUCACCUGAGCAGCCGGCCAAUCGGGACCGCUCGUCUGUCGUGUUCCUGGUGGACCUAUUGGACCCGACUGAAGCAGAACCCUUGAAGAACUUGCAGAAUCCCCGUGGUCUUUGAGUUUCUCUUUUAAACUAAAACACAUAUUUAUUUCAUCUAAGCCUCAGUCGAUGUAUAGAUUUGACUUCUAAGCACAGAGUGUUAAAUACUGACGUGUAUCAGGUGGAUGAAGAUCUGUCUUUCUGUCUGUCUCUCCCUGCCGGUCUCUCAAUAGAAGCGUAUUGUCUCUUUUAAGAACAAAGAGGACACCGAUGAGGACGUUGGCGUGUUGUUGGCGUGUAUUUAUAAAUUAUUAAUCACAUUAUAUCUUUCUAAAGCCUUCUAACUGAAGUCACAACUACUUUAUCAAAUAAAACGUUCUCACGUU